GGUAAUCCUGGAACAGCUGGAGAGAAUGGUGAAGACGGUGCAUCAGGAGGACCAGGAUUACCGGGAGAUGAUGCUGCUUAUUGUCAUUGUCCACCUAGGAGCAAUGGCCUUGCUGUGGAGGAAAGUGAAAAGAAGAUCACUGGAUAUAGUAGAAGACGUUUUCAUUAACAUCUUCUAGAC